GCCAGGACGAUUCCUAUAGAAAUUUGUGUAAGCUAUUAUUAAAACUGAUGUGUUUUUUCUGUAGUGUUAUAUAAAAAUAAUAACUAAGUGAAAUAAAAUAUAUAAAUUUUCAAUUGGUGAAUUACAUCUUUUGAAAUGGAGUGCAUUUUCAGUGCGUGUCAUCGAUUUACAUGGCCAAUGUUUUUUUUGCUGGCAAUAAUAUUUCACAUAAAAACAACAGCCUCUCACUCGGAUGGACUUUUCACAUUAACUGAUCAUGAUUCCCCAGCAGUGUCACCUAAAUUUCUAUCGCGCGGACAUUUGUAUAAAGUCAUAGUUGGUGAAACUAUAGAACUUCCUUGCAAGGUUCAAAAUCUUGGAUCUUUUGUUUUGUUAUGGAGAAAAGGUUCUUCCGUUUUAACAGCGGGUCACUUAAAAAUAACAAGGGAUCAAAGAUUCAAAAUUGUGGGGGACUACAAUCUUCAAAUAGCAAGUGUGAAAACUCAGGAUGCUGGUGAUUAUAUUUGUCAACUUGGAGAUCAAGAAAAUCGGGAUCAAGUUCAUACUGUGGAAAUUUUAGUACCGCCAACACUUCGUGCGUUACCGCACAAUGGUCAAGUUACUGCUCGUAAAGGAAGUACCGUUACCUUAGAAUGCAAGGCCUCGGGUAAUCCAGUACCAACUAUUUAUUGGUUUAAAAAAGAUGUGUUCGCGGGCCCAACUCAUUUAUCUGAUAGUUCAACAUUAAUAUUGGAGAACGUCGAUAGACAUCAUGCUGGAAUCUAUCAGUGUUCUGCGGAUAAUGGAGUGAAAGAACGCGUAUCGAUGGACAUACAACUAACUAUUCUUUCCCCACCUGAAAUAACUGUCGAGAAGUCAUGGGUUCAUGCAGCCGAAGGUCAUGAUGUGGAACUUGCUUGCAUAGUUCAUGGAGAUGUAAAUUCUGAGAUGCUGUGGUAUCAAAACUCCUUUCUAUUAGAUCCUACCGAUAGAAGAUCAAUGCAGUCCAAUGAUGACAAAUAUACGUUAAUAAUUAGGAAAUUUCAACCAUCUGACUUUGGAAAUUAUAGCUGCGUUGCCGAUAACGCACUUGGUAGAACGAAAAAAUAUAUUGAAGUCUCCGGACGUCCGGGUCCUGCAAACUUCAUAUCACCAGCUUUGAGUGGUUAUCUCGAUCAUUAUAAUUUAACGUGGACUAUUGAAUCAAUACCCGCGCUCGAUGAAAUUAAACUUUUGUACAGACGACUAUUGAUGAAUGAAACGUAUCAACAUCCAGGAAAAUGGCAUGAAAAUCAUAUAAAUCCAACGUUAAUUCGAUUUGAUAACACUCACUUUAUUAUGUCACAUGUGAUAAAAAAUUUGGAGCACAAUGCAGUGUACGAGGCCAUUGUACAAGCCAAGAAUAAAUAUGGAUGGAAUGAGAUUAGUGACAUUCAUCAAUUCUACACCAGAAAUCACGACCUUUUGCUUGACAUAGAUAUGGAGUACAAAAUGGGAAUUUCGAAUGGAAAAGGACACCCACAUAAUUCCAAUAUUAUAAAGACAGUAUUUGCCUAUAUAAUUUUCCACAGUUUGAAAGUUUGUAUUUAAGGACUUAUUACUUUAUUAUUCAUUAAAAAAUGUGCCUUAUACUUCAGUUCAAUAUUUAAAUUAAUAUUUCAAGCAUUGUUUUUGUUUUUUACAAUACAUUUUUUAUAAAAGAGUUUAGAACACUACUUACUGGAAACCGUUCUAUGUUGCAAAUUAUCCAUAUCUUUUAUAUUUUAUAUUUCACAAUAUAUUUUUUAUAAUAUAAAAGUUUAGUAUACUAGCCACCAUAAACCUUUUCAUGGGUAAAAAAUAAUCCGCUCUAAAUGUAUUUCCAAAAAUUUUUUCCUAAUCAUUAAUAGCCAAAAAUUUAUUUGUAAACAAACUUUAUUAACCGGUUAUAACUGCCUGCAACUUUUGUGCAGUAGAUUAAAUAAUACAAAAUCAAAAUUACUACUGGAUUUAAAUUUUGAAAGCGUUCGUAGCCCUAUUGCAUUUAUUAAACUUAAAUCUUUUUAUUCUUUGCAAAACUUGUUGAGUGUCUUCGAGCGUGAAGAGUAAAUUUUUCAUAAUUGAUCAUCAUUGCUACAAAUGAUUUCAAAAAACCAUUGUAUGUAAGUCAAAUAUAUGUGGUUAUAAUACAAGUUCGAAAAAAGCUUAGGGCCGUUUUCUCAAUACCCGGAUAAUAUGAUCCUUAGCCGCUAAUAGAUAGUUUUAACUGACAGAACCGUUUUCACCAAGUUGUGGGUAUUGUGAAAGCGUAAAGAAAACAGUUCACAAAACUUACAUUAUGGAGACGUAAAACUGUGUAAGCGUCACCGUGUACGUGUAUGUUUUCGUUGGCGAAGGGACGACGAGGAAAGACGAAGAAGUAACCGUGCCGCUCGUACUCGGGUGGCAUGCCUUUUUCCGUAAUUGCCCGCUGAUACGCAAUUCAGCAAACCUUUUCAUUUUGAAACUCUUUUCAUGGCUUGGUGUCAGAGGUAUAUUUACAUUAUAUUCGGAAAUUUAAAAUUUAUCACCCCUUUUUUUAUGGAAUAUGCAUAUGUGAAUGCAAAUAUAUCUAAUAUGUAUAUAAUGAUAGUGAGCGACAAAAGUGGCCCCGUCUGAACGCUGUCUAUCCAGCUGAUUUUUCUUUUAGCUAACAACUGUAAUUACAUUUUCUGGUUAGAAAUUAACCAAAACUCCUUCUCUCGUAAAGUUCACCAGAUAGUUGCUAAGCAGAUAUUGAGAAACCAUUUUUCAAAACAUUGCCGGCAAAAGUCUGGUUAAGCGCUAAACCAUAUAUUGAGAAACGGGCCUUAUGAUUUAUUCUCUCAUGUUAAUAGAGUAUUUUUAAGCAAGUGUGCUAAGUACUGGUAGCUUGGAACAUCGGUACUCUUAUUGUGUCAAAUUUUUUUUUAGAAUUUUAACUCAAAACUUUUUAUAUUACAACGUAACUUAAAUUUUUAUAUAAAAUAUGCGAUCAUUAUAUAAUAUUUUUUUAUGUAAUUAUAUAAAAAUCACUAAUUUAUUUUAAUUACUGUUCUAAUAUCUACUUAAUAACUAUGGAUUUUACUAUUAAAUACUAACUGAAAUGUCAAAUCAAGACAUUUUCGAAGUGUUCAGGAGAUAAACCAGCUAUGCGUUGAUCCCAUAAUUCAAAGAUGUUAUCAUUUGUGUAGGACAACAAUUAAUACUCAGUAUUUUACAAUUAGUACAUACUUAGAAAAUAUAUAUACAUAUGUAUAGCAGAAGACGGAAAGAACAUAAUAUAAAAAUAAAAACAAAUCCUUAAAAUGUUGUGUUGAAAACAAUAUAUGUAUGUACAUAUAUAUUACAUACAUAUGUAUGUAUAUUUAACAAAAUAAACACAAAUAUUUUUGAGUGUGGAAUACAUAGAGAAUAAAGUAAUUAAAAAGUAUGAACAUAAAAAAGUAUUUACAAAUAUUACAUCAAAAAAGUUUAACCUAAUAAGACUGCUACCAUUACAUAGCACACAUAGAAUGACACACUUGGAGAUACACUUCAUAAAUUAUUUUAUUUAAGAUUUUAACACUAAAAAUAGUAACAUGACUGAUUCCAUAUGUUCUUAUGCAUCUGCAUUUCUAAAAACCGAACAUAAUUUCAUUAAAUUUGUUCCUUUAAAAUGUUUAAAUCUUUAAUUUAACACACGCUUAGUUCACCCUCAUUUAUUAACUUUAGGUAAGUCACCAUUAUUUUUUAUUAUUAUCUUGCCAUAAAUAUUGAAAACUUCCGAGCUACAACAUACACCAUAGAGGUAUUCUUAAAUACGUUAUAUUUUCGACAUAAAAAACAUCAACAAUUUUUUAGUGUAGUUAAUAAUAUAAUAUAAGAAACUUUUGCAAAAAAUAUUUAAUUAGGUUGUCUGAUUUGUCUCGGCGUUAAUGAUUGGGAAAAAUACAAUAAAAACCUAAUAGCAUAAUUUCCAACUAUGCCUUCAAUUAAAGCUCAGCGAUAAUUCCGUUUUUUAUAGCUUUUCUUCAGUAUAAAACAGACUCAAAUUUUUUUAUUACAAUAAAAGUGGGUGUGGUUUUCAAAAUAAUAUAAUUUUUCGCUAACCUACAAAGCGAAAAUCGAAAAUCUAAAAAUAUUAUUAAAAUCAAAAUCUUAAUUGACACACAUUUCUUUUGUUAUUGUUAUUAGUUUGAUCUGUAUGCACAUAUGUAUGUACAUACAUCAGAAACAUAUCAUUGUUAUACCCGUACCCCUAUGUAAUAAUAUGUUUUCUUUCUAGGAGAGACAGAAUUAGAGAUUUUUAAUUCAAAAAAUAUAUUUUUUUAUGACAUACAUUUGUAACCUUUAAAUAAUUUCAAAUUAAAAUAGUCAAUCCUUUAGAACAAGGGACGUAUUGAAUACUUGUUAUCUAAAUCCUAAAGAACAGAUGGCGUGUUUUACAAGAGUAUCUAAGUUUUGUUCCCAUAACGGAAAGUUCAUGACACCUAAAAAAUAAUGAUUAAUGUUGCACUCAGUAUGUAGGGACGCGCAAUGAUGAAACGGAAUGAUUUCUCAAAAUUUGGGAUCAAUAGCUAUUUCAGCGAGACUUAUGUAAAUGAUAAUAGUUAUAAAAUGGAUUCAAUGAGAUUUACCGUGUUAUUCUGCGAAAGCGCGAAAACAAUUUUAAGAACAUAUGAAUUAGUUUAAAACAAAGGACGAGCCGUUUUCUUUUAACAAAAGCUAUUACAAGCAUUAAUGAAGCUAUUAGAAAGAUUCCAAAUUUAGUCACAGACCUCUCAUACGUUCAUAAAGAUCUCCGUCCUUCCGAUUGACUUUAUACCGUCCAUUUCGGUCAGAGGUAUAUAACAAUAAAACCAAGUGCAAAGGUUUGUCAUAAUCAAUCACAUUAACUGCGUUCGAACCCUUCCAUACUUUUUGUGCCUUCCUUCCAAAGAUAUGAAUAACAUUUCUGUCCAAUUUUACUUAAUCAUGAACUAGCCAAAAACAUUUCCAUGACUUCGAUUCCCAUUAAAAUUGUAGAAUUUUCUUAUAUACGAGAUAUGUACACCAAACUUACUACUUAAAAUCCAAUUAGAUUUUUUAUUUAUAAUUAGGUCACAUUCGAAGAUAUGCCAUAAAUUGUACGUGAGAGAUUGAUUAGCUAUUAUAAACCAAACUAAUACAUGGAAAAUAGCAUAAUCAUGAUAAAAAUCAUUUACAACUCUCAAAUUGCCCAAAUCAAAAAAUUGCUAAGGUCCUUCUAACGAACCCGAUGUAUGUUCUAGUAAAUCAAUGUAGUUUAAUGCUAUAAAAAUCAGUAAUAUGUAAAAUCAUGGUGUAGGUACCUAAAAAGAGGAUUGAAAACAUUUUCUAUAAUUUCUCAUUAGAGAAAAAAUUGUAACGAAAAUUUCCAAAUAACUACGGUACGAAUCUUUAACAUACAUAAAAUUUAAGUCAUGUCAAAUUUAAUAUGUGCGCCACUUCAAAUUUUGUCAAUAAAACGUUAAUAUCUUUGAGUUUUUUCUUUGUCGUAGAAGGUUAUGAAAUUCUAAAAAAAUGUUCGGAGUUUGAAUUUUUUGUUCGCCUAGUAAAAUUUGUGUAAUUUCCUUUUAUUUCAUUACUUUUUAAUAUCAAUCCGAAGACGGCUUACAGCUUGCGGCGACUAAAAUUGUAAAAAAAUGUAUAUUUGUUUAUAUGUAAAUAUUAUCCGUUUAGUCCAUUUCUCUAUAUUAGAAAUUAUUGGUUGACAUAUGUAUAUUUAAAUAAUUUACACCAUAGUACUUGUUUCUCAAAGAUAAGUGUUCAAUUUCCUAUCUGAAUAAUGUUUCAUUUAAUUUUUAGAACAAUCAAGUAUUAAGCUAAAAAAUACAGAAAAAAAUAUUUUCCCAUGCUAUUUAUAUGGAAAAUGAAAUGUUAAGUAUAGGCGCACCUCUUAACAUUAAUAAUAACAACUCAAAAUUUAAGAGGAUAAUUUUUUUCUUCUUGAAUGUUUUUAGCCUGUUUUCAAGAUGAAAAAAGAUGCAUAAAAGUGACAUAGCCUAGUACUAUGUAUACAUUAAUAGUAUUCAUUAGUACUAUUUAACUACCAUUACCAUAGGCAUGUAUGUACAUAUUUUUAGCACAUAUGAUACUCACAUGGGAACGAGUGAUAAUGGUUAAUUUAACUAUUUUAGUAGGAUUUAUGUAAUAUUAAACAAUUAUUUAUUGUACAAAAGCAUUAAACUGAAAUUUGUAAAUAAAUAAAAUUAUAGUAUUCCAAUUAAUAAAAAUUCCACGGCAGCGACAAGAACUUAAUUAUAAAUUGAUAGUCAUAGGAUUGUGCGAAAUAUAUUUUUAAGAAUUAAUACUUUUGUAAUUAGUAUUAAUUUGGCGUUGCCUAUACCUAAAAUACAUACAAAGUAUGCAUGAAUUGAGAAAAAAUGUUAAUAAAAAUUUAUAAGUAAACUAUGUAUAUUGUGAAGUGCAGCUAUUUUAAGGAAUCACAAGCAUGUCAUAUUACCACAUAUUUAUUAAUAGUAUGUAUGUAUAGUAUCUGUGCAAUAGUUAUAAGCAAAUUUAAACGAACCCAAAACGAAAAUAAUUUGGAUUGUUAUUUUAAUUAUGUAGAUGUAUAUUAAAAUAACAUAUACUGAAUGUUGUAAUUAGUGCAUAAAACUAUUUGAGCUGCAAAAGUAUUAGAAAUAUGAUCAAUAUAUAACUUAAGUUAAGGAUUUAAUUGUCAUUAUUAAGAAGUAGUAAUAUUAAAAAGCACAUAAAGAGCUCACCUUCUCUUCAACUUGAAUAUUAGUAAUUUAAAAUAAGAAUUAAUACAUUUAGAAAUGCAUAUACUUUAAAAUAGUAAAGUACAUACAUACGUAGAAAAUGGAAAAUUCAGCUGCUAAUAUUAAUAAAAAUAUUUUCAAAUAAAAACACCAUAUCAAAAUCGAAA